UCAAACUUCUGUCAUAAGCAGCAUGUUGCAAAAUGUCGUUUUCCUUUGGUAGCGCAUCGUUUGGUGGCCAACCACCAGCAACAUCGGCUCCGGCGUUUGGAGGGUUUGGAAGCAGUGCGUUGACUACAGGAACUACUGGCUUCUCUGGAUUUGGUGCAACUAAAACAACAGCACCCUCUCUCUUCGGUGGACUUGGAACUGUUACUACAGCCACAACAGCGCCCUCAGGAUCCUUUUCUUUCCAAGGUUUUGGAGCUGGAACUGGAACCACUGGGUUGGGAACUGGUCUUGGUACAGGAGCAUUAGGUACUGGAUUAACAACUACUACCACAGGGGGUACUGGAUUUGGAACUGGAUUAGGCUUUGGGACUGGAUUUGGGUCUUCUGCGACAGGAUUAGGUACUGGUCUCGGAACCGGAUUUGGUACCAGCUUAGGAACUGGACUUGGCACUGGACUUGGCACUGGACUAGGGACUGGAUUAGGGACUGGACUUGGCACUGGGUUGUCAUCUGGAUUUGGUACUACUGGACUGGGUGCCACUGGUCUUGGUACUACUGGUCUGGGCACAACUGGACUUGGUACAGGCAUUCAAGGCCAGCAAGCCAACUCUGCCAAUGUGCUUGUAAACACAGCCAGUGCGCUACACUUGCCUAUGAUAUUUGGUGAUGAAAGAGACAUUGUUUUUGCCAAAUGGAAUCAGAUCCAAGCAUUUUGGGGAACUGGUAAAGGCUAUUACACCCAGAAUGCAUCUGUUGACUUCUCACCUGAUAACCCUUUUUGCAGGUUUAAGACAGUUGGGUACAGCUGUAAACCAUCCACAAAGAAUGAGUUGGGUCUAGUGGCAUUGGAUUUCAAGAAGAAAGAAUCAGAAAUACGAAGUUACCAGCAACAAAUUGUUGACAACUUGUUUAAGUUACUGGGAAGCAAACCUACAUUGUCUGUCUGCGUUGAAGGUGUGAGGGCGCUGCCAGAUGAUCGAACUGAAGUCCUUAUCUAUCUUCUUGAGCGUCUACCGACCGGUACAUCAAAGAGAGUGUCUGCUACUGAUCUGUUUAGUUUUUUAUCUCAGCCAACCAUCAAGCAGCAACUUGUUAAUCUAGGUGUUGAUAAUAUGAUGCCUAAAACUGAAUUAACAGAAGCUCAGUUACGACAGUACAUGGACAACCCACCGGCAGGUUAUGAUCCACGAUUAUGGAGACAAGCAAAACUUGACAAUCCUGACCCAUCAAAUUUAAUUCCAGUUCCCAUGGUUGGAUUCAGUGAAUUGAAUUCAAGAUUUAAACAUCAGGAGCAACAAAAUAAACAACACCAAGGUAGACUGAAUAUAAUUGCAGAAGACAUUUCUACUCUUCAAAGAAAUCAAUCCACAAUACAUGCUAAGUUAGCGGAGUAUAAACGAAAACAAGCUGAACUUUCACAUAGAGUUUUGCAGGUUAUGCUAGUACAAGAAGUUUACAGAAAAAGUGGUCUUGCUAUACAAAUUGAUGAGGAACAACUUAGAGUACAAUUAGAGUCAAUACAGGCUGAAUUAAAUGCACCCACUCAGUUCAAGGGUCGUCUCAAUGAAAUGAUGUCUCAGAUUCGAAUGCAAAGCCAAGCUCUAGGAGCCCGAACUGAAGAAAGAUACUCAAUGGAUCUUGCUUUGCAAGAUGAAAUCAAACAGCAUUUAAGACAACAACAAGAAGGCAUUCGGCAUCUUAUCAGCAUUAUAAAAGAUGAUGCAGAUGACUUACAGUUGAUAGAACAAGGACUAACAGAAGUCAUUCACAGAAGACGAUAACAUUUUAUGUACUGGUAAUACAAUGUAACAUACUGGUAAUACAGUAACAUACUGUACCUGUGUAAUACAACGUAUAUAUAUAUAUAUAUGGGUAUAACACGUUUUGUAAAAUCAACCAAAUACGUGUUGACAUAUUCACAUGUUGCACAGCUGACUUGAAGACAUCAACUAGAGAGCACUAUGUGUGGUAAUUUGUGUGAAGCCAACAACAGUCUAAGCUGUAAAUCCAACAUGAGGACAGGGUUACUAUUAAGUCACUUUGAGAUCUAGACUGGUCAGUGACGUCUGUAAUGCCCACUUCUUAGAUCAUUUACCUUGUGUUGUACAAUAAAUAUUGAUACAACUUUGCAAAAUUUCACUAUAAAAAGGCAAUCUUUUUCGUAUUUGAUAUUUUCAUAAAUACUAGUAAUUCUGAAAUUAUUGGUUUUAACGUAUUAAUUGUCGAUGUGUGUAUCACUGCAAAAAAUGUUAUUACCAAUAGUCUUCAUUCAGAUACUCGUAAUUGUUCCCCUGCCCUAUGAAAUUAUAUUUUUGAUUUGCAAUGAUAAAUAACUAACUCAGCAUAUAUGUUCCAUGAGGAGUCAUUUUUGAAGUGUUUUCAUUUGUUACACCCCAAUCAAAUUUCAUUUUAUGCACAUUGUUGACAGUAUUCUGAUUGCUUAUUAAUAAUAUUCCUUUUGACCGAGCGAGUCAAAGUGGUUGUAAGGUCUUGCAUCAAAAUGUCACUUAUUUCUGAAGUUAUUGUAACAUGUUUUUUUUUACUCCAAGGAAAAACAAAAGUGUAAUAGAAAUUUACAAUGUACCAUUCUGUUUAGAAGCUAUUUGUACAAACAGAUCAAGUGAUCACUGGAAGUGAAGUAGCAGCUCUCAAGAAAGUUUGCACGGCUAAUGUGCCCUUCAAACAAUCAUUUAUGUCCACCAAUUUACACAUUUUGUAAUGAAAUUAAGAUUACAAAAUUGAUUUGAAAUAAAAUUAGAUUUAUUUGUUUUUUUGAUAAUGGUUUGCACAACAAUCCUAUAGUUAUCUAACAAUGACAAGGGUCUACUUGUCAGGAAUAUAACUGAGAAAAAAUUUCACAUGAAUACAUAUGUAAUAUCAAAGCAAUUGGACUUGCGCUUUUUAAAGUGAAAAUAUCACUUUUUGCCAAAAAUAUUCACCAAAAUUCAAGAUAUCAGUACAAAACGAACAAAUCUGAGAGGUCCACAUGUAAUAUUGGACUUGCGGUUUUUAACAAGUAGAAAAUAUCACUUUUUACCAAAAAUGACAAAUAUUCACCAAAAUUAGAGAAUUGAAGAUAUCAUCAUGAAAUGUUCACCCAAAAUGUUCACUUUAAAACCAUUAGUAAAACAUGUGGAAUUUUUACCAAUAAUA